CCCGCCACCCCAAAACCCGGCUCCUCCAUCGCCGUGGCCGCCUCGGGGGGGAAGGACUCCGCCGUCCUCGCCCACCUCCUCUCCCAGUUAAACCAGCGCCUGGGCUGGGGUUACCGGUUGGUACUGGUUUCGGUGGACGAGGGCAUCCGGGGGUACCGGGAGGAAGCCCUGGGGGCCGUCCGGAGGGGGAGGGGGGACCUGCCUUUACUGGUUUUAUCCCACCGGGAGCUCUUCGGCUGGAGCGUCGACCAGUUGGGAGCCAAACUGGGAAAAGGGAGCAGCCGCUGCACCUUCUGCGGGGUCUGGAGGAGGCAGGCGCUGGAGAGGGGGGCCCGCUUACUGGGAGUGGACUGGUUGGCUACUGGUCACAACGCCGAUGACAUCGCCGAGACCGUCCUGAUGAACUUCCUGCGGGGGGACGUGGCCCGGCUGCGCCGCGCGGCCACCGAGGCCACCGGGGUGGCCACCGAGGCCACCACCCCCCCAGGGGGCGCCACCGGGGCCACCACCAGCCCCACAAAAGGCUCCAAGGGGUCCGUGGCCACCAAGAAGUCCAGGGGGGCCACCAAGACCACCACGGGGACCACUGAGACCACCACCACCACCAUGGUGGCCACCAAGAACCCCAUGGAGACCACCAGGGAGGUUCCUGGGGUCUCUGUGGCCACCAAGGACCCCAUGGUGGCCACCAAGAACCCCAUGGAGGCCACCAGGGAGGUUCCUGGGGUCUCCGUGGCCACCAAGGACCCCAUGGUGGCCACCAAGAUCUCCACGGGGACCACCGAGAGCACCACCGACACCAUGGGGGCCACCAAGGACUCCAUAGCGGCCACCAAAACUGCUAUGGAGGCCACCAACGACACCAUGGAGACCACCAGGGAGGUUCCUGGGGUCUCCGUGGCCACCAAGGACUCCAUGGUGGCCACCAAAACCAUCACAGAGGCCACCAAGGACUCCAUAGAGGCCACCGAGGUCUCCAUGGAGGCCACCAAGAACCUCAUGGAGGCUACCAAAGACCCUGUGUUGGCCACCAAGAGCUCCAUGGGGAUCACCGAGAACCCCAUGGAGACCACCGAGACCACCAAGACGUCCACAGUGGCCACUAAGACCUCCAUGGUGACCACCAAGAACCUCAUGGAGGCCCCCAAGAGCCCCCUGGAGACCACCGAGGCCACCAAGGACUCCAUGGUGGCCACCAAGAACCUCAUGGAGGCCACCGAGAACCCCACGGAGACCACGGAGACCACCAAGACGUCCACGGUGGCCACUAAGACCUCCAUGGUGACCACCAAGAACCUCAUGGAGGCCACCAAGAGCCCCACGGAGAGCACCGAGGCCACCAAGGACUCCAUGGUGGCCACCAAGGACUCCAUGGUGGCCACCAAGAACCCCACGGUGGCCACCAAGAACCUCAUGGAGGCCACCAAGAGCCCUGUGGAGACCACCGAGACCACCAAGAGCUCCAUGGUGGCCACCAAGACCUCCACGGGGACCACCGAGAUCCCCGUGGCCCCCUUAGUGGCAACUAAGACCUCCAUGGUGGCCACCAAGAACCUCAUGGAGGCCACCAAGAGCCCCACGGAGACCACUGAGACCACCAAGAUGUCCACGGUGGCCACCAAGAUCUCCAUGGUGGCCACUAAGAACCCCAUGGAGACCACCAUGGAGGUUCCUGUGGUUUCCGUGGCCACCAAGGACCCCAUGGUGGCCACCAAGAACCUCAUGGAGGCCACCAAGAGCCCUAUGGAGACCACCAAGACCACCAAGACCUCCACGGUGGCCACCAAGACCUCCACGGCGACCACCACGAAGCCUACGGACGUCCCGGUGGCCACCCCACCUCUCGGUAGCCACCGUCCAACCCCACGGGGGCCACCGGUAGCCGCCCCGUGGCCACCCGUCCCCCGCUGCAAGCCCCUGAGACACGCCUACGAGAAGGAGAUCGUCCUUUACGCCCAUUUCACGGGUCUGGACUACUUCAGCACCGAAUGUGGCUACUCCCCUCAAGCCUAUCGUGGCCACGCCAGGAACCUCCUCAAAGAUUUAGAAGCCACCCGGGCCAGUUCGGUGGCCGCUUUGGGCCAUUCGGGUCGACGGCUAGCGGUGGGGGCCGAGGUGGCUACCAAAAAGUUGGGGGGGUGCAGGAGGUGCGGGUUCGCCACUAGCCAAGGGCUGUGCAAGGCCUGCGUCCUCCUGGCCUCCCUGGAGAAAGGGCUACCUCGCUUGGGGUUGGGCAAGCGGGCGGUGGAGGUGGCUACUCAGCUGGAGGGGGGCUGGUGGGGAGGGGGCUACCAAGAUGGUGGCCGUGGGGGUUGUUGCCAUGGCCAAGAUGGUGGUCCUGGGAGCUGUUGUCAUGGGGUUGGUGGCCACCAAGAUGGUAGCCAUGGGGUUGGUGGCCACGGGGUUGGUGGUUACGGGGUUGGUGGCCACCAAGAUGGUGGCCAUGGGGCUUGUUGCCAUGGGGGUGGUGGCCAUGGAGAUGGUGGCCAUGGGGUUGGUAGCCAAGGGGCUGGUGGCCAUGGGGGUGGUGGCCACCAAGAUGGUGGCCAUCAAGAUGGAUGGUAG